CUGCUGCUUGCUCCGGAGGCAGGCUACGCGGUGGCGGCCGAAGCUGGCCGAGGUGGACGCUGGUGCCGGGCUUUGCCCGCUUCUGGAAGCCUUGAAUUUCUUUGGAAAAUUGAUGAUAUUUAUCAUUGUGCCCAUUUUCUACAAUUAAAAGAUGGGUGGAUUAUUUUCUCGAUGGAGGCAAUGGAAAAAAUAUCCUCAGACAAAACCUUCAACUGUAGAAGUUCUGGAAACUAUAGAUAAGGAAAUUCAAGCAUUGGAAGAAUUUAGGGAAAAAAAUCAGAGACUACAAAAAUUAUGGGUUGGAAGAUUAAUUCUCUACUCCUCAAUUCUUUAUCUGUUUACCUGUUUAAUUGUAUACUUGUGGUAUCUUCCUGAUGAACUUACAGCAAGACUUACCAUGACACUCCCGUUUUUUACUUUCCCAUUAAUCAUCUGGUGCAUAAGAACAGUGCUUAUUUUCUUCUUUUCCAAGAGAACAGAAAGAAACAAUGAAGCAUUGGAUGAUUUAAAAUCCCAGAAGAAAAAAAUACUUGAAGAAGUCAUGGAAAAAGAAACUUAUAAAACAGCUAAAUUAAUUCUUGAAAGGUUUGAUCCGGACUCAAAGAAAGUAAAGGAGUUUGAGCCGCCAUCUGCUGGAGCAGCUGUAACUGCAAGACCUGGACAAGAGAUUCGUCAGCGCACUGCAGCUCAAAGAAACCUUUCUCCAACACCAGCAAGGGCUAGCCAGGGCCCUCCUCCACAAGGUCCAGUAUCUCCUGGAUCAGCAAAGGACACUUCAGCCCCUGGUGGACCCCCAGAAAGAUCCGUUACUCCAGCCCUGUCUUCAAAUGUAUUACCAAGACGUCUUGGAUCCCCUGCUACUUCAGUGCCUGGAAUGGGUCUUCAUCCUCCGGGUCCACCUUUAGCAAGACCCAUUCUCCCACGAGAACGAGGUGCUUUGGAUAGAGUUGUUGAAUAUUUAGUUGGUGAUGGUCCACAAAACAGGUAUGCCCUUAUAUGUCAGCAGUGUUUUUCUCAUAAUGGCAUGGCUUUGAAAGAAGAGUUUGAAUACAUUGCUUUUCGGUGUGCCUACUGUUUUUUCUUGAAUCCUGCAAGAAAAACCAGACCUCAGGCUCCAAGACUUCCAGAGUUUAGUUUUGAGAAGAGGCAGGCUGUGGAAGGCUCAAGUUCAGUUGGUCUCUUGUCCUCAGGAAGUGUGAUUUCAUCAGAAAACCAGAUAAGUGAAGGAGGAGCAAUACCCCAGAUGUCUCAUUUUCUGUCUGAAAUCUCCGGAAUGAAGUCUAACUGGCUCAUAAUCAACCCUAAUAAGGUAAUAUUAAUAGGUGAAGACAGAACUUGAGGCAUAGAACUUCAUAGUGCUAGAAACUGAAGCAACACUUGUAUUUAGUCUUUAGAGCAGUAACUUUUUCAUAUUCUCUUCGGAUUUAUUAAAAUGGCUAUGAGCACCUUUUACUUCUUUGGCUUUCCAGAAGACUGAACUUUUCUCCAAGACUCCCCUUUCAACACUAUGAUAUACAGUUAUCAAUUCCAAGCUGGAUUCCUUUAGUAAACGACUGGAACUAUUUCUGAUGAACAGAGAAGCUGCAUUUGUUUUCAACACCGGAGGCAUACCUUUAUGAUUAAAUUAAACUAUUAAGUAAGAUCAUAUCAUCUCAAUCAUCUACUCACUUGUGCUGACAGCCAAUGUAAUUGAGGACUUAGAUUUCUGAUUUUCUAUAUUCUCAUAGAAGAACCCUAAGGUCUGAAAAAAAUUUUUUUCUGCUAUAUAAUUUUUAUAUUUUUUAAGUAUUGGAAUAGCUCCUUGAUGGCAGAAAAAGCUGUAGAAAUUAGGUUGUUGAAUUUACAGAGGGAAUGAAAAAGUAACUUUCUUCCAUCUGAAUUUUUCUUUCAACGAAUAUUAUAAAACCAUUUAUAUGAAUAAUUUAGAAUUAAUAGACACUUUUUAAAAAAUCUGAUGUGAGACUUUGAAAUUAAGUUUUAUCUUGAUUCUGCUACUGGAAGAUUUUGCAUUUAGGAUGAGGCACAAGGCUUUUGACAUUUUUGGACUAUUCUUUAGAAUAACAUGAAAUCUUGGAACGUUUUCAUCAAAGAAGGAGACCUAGAAGAAACUUUUCCCAUUAAUUGCUCAUUUGAAUUCCUAGAAUUUUUUUCUAGAAUUGUGUAUAGAAAAUGCUUUGGUAGUAGAGUAUUAGAGAAACACAAGAAAUUAGGACUAUAGUAUGCUAAAGUAAUGAACUGCUUUAGGUUCCUCCAUUUCUUUUAUGGUUAAAUGAAUAGUACAGUAAUACUUCAGUCUUUGCUAAGCACAUUAAAGUAGUCUAUCAGUUUUGAUUUUUUUUUUUUUUAAAAAAAGCAUUCUAAAAUUCCUGAUAGCAUUUUUUUGUUAGGGUAAGAGAGUAUGAGGUUUCUACAUUGUUAGUAUACUAGUACAGUGAUUUUAGGCUAGCAUGUUUGAAAAACAUUAAUAUUAUUGUUUUCAUUGCUCAGUUGUAUUUGUCUAGAUUUUAUGUAAUUAUUUUAGGAGAAAUAGUAUUUAUUCAACUGGAAAUAACUUGCUAAUAAUAAAACCCAUGGCAUCUAAUGAAUACAAUAAAAAAUCAAAAGUAAAAUUUAUGUAAGGUGAAAUUUAUCUUGGUAAUCUGAUUUCUGUUCUUCUCUUCCUUUCUUUUAAGCACUAUACUAUUACUAUUAGAUUAUGUUGAACUAGGGAAAAUUCUGUUUGUAGUAUUGUUAUGAUACUCUAGGAUAUUAAACUGAUAAUGUAAAUUUUGUUGAUUCUGUAUAUUUACUAGAUCUAAAAAGCUUAUACCUUUAUUUAUAUUUAAUUAUAUACAGUUUACUCAAGAUGUAAACUUAACUGUAGUAUGUUUUAGUAUGCUUAUUUUAGACAUAGAGAUCUUUUGGCUUUCAGUUUCCCUUUUUUAAAAUACUUUCACUGAAUAGUUUUAUAUCAUUACUUAAUAAUGACAUUCUUACUCAUCUAAUGGAUUUGUUCACCAAUGGUAAAUAAACAGUAUUUACUGAAUAUGAGCUACUUCAGUGCGUACUGUAUAUGAGCUAUUUUCUCCUAGGUGGUUAUUAUUUAAUUGAAGUUCAUUCAUUGAGCCACUGGGUUGAGUUUGGGAUCUUUGUUCCUUAAAAUAAGUUGGCCAUUUUCCUUAAGACAGAAAAAUCUUGUAAAAACUUCUUUGUUUAAAUAAGUUCAAAGACAAAUUGUCUAUUUUAACAAAUUUCCUUUGGGCAAGUUUUAUAGUCUAUAGUGAGUAUUGAUGUGUUAGCAAGGCAGAUUUUUUUGUUUUGUUAUUGUAAAAAGAAUAAAAUAUAAAGAAUCUAAAUGAA